AUGUUCAUGUUCAUGUUCAUGUUCAAGACACAGAAGAAUGAUGGCUCGCAACCAAAACCUGGUCGUGAAAAGGUUCAUCGAGUUCUCCGGUCAUUCCAGACCAACAAUGAAAGAAAUCUGGGUGAGCUUUGCAGCAGCAGCAACCUAGUCUGCGUGCGUCUCUGCUACGACAAAGCCCUCGAGUCCAAGUACAUUGAAAUGGAGCCGAGCUUCGACGCGCAUAUCAAUACGGGCAUGAUGUGGAUUCUGGACAAUAAGGAGUUGGAGGUGAUUGAGCAAGAUUUCUACAAGAUCAUGUGGCUGGACAGCUAUGGAAACUGUCUCCUCGUAACAAAGAUCACCCCAGACGAACUUGAGCACAUGACCGUCAUGUUUGGUGAAGGAUUCCCCAUGGAGGAAGCUGUUGAGUCUCAAGGCCUGCAUGACUCAGACAAGGAGGGCGGCAAGAGUGCUGCCGACUUGGACAGCGAGGGUGAAGAGAAGAGGAGGGAUCGGCGUCCGCGGAGCCGAAUAUACAAGGCGGGCUACAAGGCCGGUUGUGACGCCGGGGCGGAGUCCAGUGAUCGCGGCAGCCCAGGACAUAGCCUACGUCUCCGGCCGAAAGCUUUUGGCAUUGAUGAUGCCAGUUCUGGACUCCUGUAG